CUACUCGUCAUACUUUAAGUAAAUUUGAAAAAAAUCAAUUACGCGAGAGGGUCAACGAUCAUUCUCCACAAUUAUCUUUACUCGAUUUUCAUGAAGCGGAAGCCACGAAAGUUGAUACCGUGCUACCACUCUAUAUAUAUUCCGAUACUGUGACAAGUCGCAGUGACUCGCAAAUAGACUUUACGGUUAUUCUAACCUGAAACACCAGCGGUUACUUGGAAAGAGCGAAAUUUUCGUGUUUUAUCUGUCGUAUGAAAUAUUUCGAACAAAAUGCCGGAAAGUGUAAAACCGGAAACGAAACCAAGCAAAGAAGUUAAAGGUGGAAAGGAAGAAGAAAAGAAUGAAUUGUCUGAAGAAGAUAAACUGCUGCAAGAAGAACUUACUGGUCUCGUCGAACGUCUGCAAGAUGCCAAUACAAGAUUACACUAUCCCGCUUUAGAAGCUUUACAAUCUCAUAUUCGUGUAUCUACCACUUCGAUGACCAGUGUUCCCAAGCCACUGAAAUUCAUGCGUCCUCAUUACGAUACCAUGAAGGCUAUUUAUGAAAAAAUAACCAACGUCGAGGCUAAGGAGUUAUGCUCCGAUAUUAUUUCUGUCCUUGCCAUGACCACGAGCGAGGGUAGAGAAUGUCUAAAGUAUAGACUUACCGGAUCUGCGAUAGACAUCGGAGAAUGGGGACACGAGUACGUGAGACACUUGUCCGGAGAAUUGGCCGGCGAAUGGGACGAGCUUACAGACGACGCGGAAGCCACAAGCAAACAGUUGAUUGCUUUAGUCCAUGAAAUUGUACCGUACAAUAUGGCUCACAAUGCGGAAACCGAAGCAUGCGACUUAUUGAUGGAAAUUGAAAGACUGGACUUGUUGGAGCAAUACGUGGACGAAAGUGCGUAUCAACGAGUUUGUUUGUAUCUAACGAGUUGCGUACCUUACGUAGCAGAUCCGGAGAAUAGUACGCUUCUUCACGCAGCAGCGAAACUAUACAGAAAAUUUGGUCAAUACCCGCAAGCUGUGAGACUAGCUAUGCAACUGAACGAUCUACCGCUUAUCGAAGAUAUAUUCAUUAAAUGUACAGAUCUAUCGGUGCAGAAACAGUUGGCGUUCAUGUUGGGCAGGCAACAGAUUUUCUUGGAAUUGCCCGAAUCGACUCCGGAAUAUGAGGAUCUGGUAGAAAUAAUGUCCAAUUCGUUGCUAAAUUAUCACUUUCUGAAUUUGGCGCGUGAAUUGGACAUAAUGGAGCCUAAAACUGCAGAGGAUGUAUACAAGUCCCAUUUAGAGAAUUCCAGAGCUCCGUUUGGCGGUGGUCAAGUGGAUUCGGCUAGACAAAAUCUUGCAGCCAGUUUCGUCAAUGGUUUCGUGAAUGCGGCGUUCGGUCAGGACAAAUUAUUAUACGAAGACGGAAACAAAUGGUUAUACAAGAAUAAAGAGCACGGAAUGUUGAGCGCAACCGCGUCUCUUGGUCUUAUAUUGCUGUGGGACGUCGACGGUGGCUUAACACCGAUAGAUAAAUAUCUCUAUUCGUCCGAGGAUUACAUUAAAUCCGGAGCAUUGCUAGCUUGCGGUUUAGUCAAUUGUCGCGUUCGAAUCGAAUGCGAUCCUGCUUUGGCUCUUCUCUCGGAUUACGUUCUGCACAGCAGCAAUACAAUGCGUAUCGGUGCAAUCGUAGGCCUCGGAUUGGCGUACGCGGGUUCCAAUCGCGAAGCAAUCCUGGGUCUGUUGAUCCCUGUGCUCCGCGACCUGAGGUCCAGCUCGGAAGUGAUAGGGGUAGCGGGUCUCGCGUUAGGCAUGGUUGCUGUCGGUUCUUGCAAUGCUUACGUCACUACGGCAAUUAUGCACACUUUAAUGGAAAAAUCCGAGGCAGACCUCAGAGACACGUACGCACGGUUUUUGCCCCUGGGCCUUGGACUGUGUUUCUUGGGCAAACAAGAAGCAGCAGAGACCAUAAUAGCUGCCCUGGAAAUAGUCCCGGAACCCUUUAAAUCCAUGUCCACGACUCUCGUGGAAGUGUGCGCGUACGCGGGCACCGGGAACGUUCUAAAGAUUCAACAUCUGUUGCAUAUCUGUUCCGAGCACUACGAGCCUUCGAGCGACAAGGACGAGAAGAGCGAGAGGAAGGACAAAGAGAAAAAGGACGACAAGAAGGAGGAGAAGGAGAAAGAUCUGACUUCUAGGCAGGCGAUCGCUGUACUCGGUAUCGCUUUGAUCGCCAUGGGAGAAGAGAUUGGCGCUGAAAUGGCGUACAGAACAUUCGGUCACUUGCUGCGUUACUGCGAGCCUGUGAUUCGACGAUCGGUUCCCCUCGCUCUCGGGCUGAUAUCGGUCUCUAAUCCAAAGCUGAACAUACUCGACACGUUGUCCAAGUUCUCCCACGACAGUGACCCCGAAGUGGCGCACAAUGCGAUCUUCGCGAUGGGUCUGGUCGGGGCAGGAACGAAUAACGCGAGACUGGCCGCAAUGUUGAGACAGCUUGCCCAGUUUCAUGCGAAAGAUCCGAAUAAUCUGUUCAUGGUGCGUAUAGCGCAAGGUCUGACGCACCUCGGUAAAGGAACAUUGACACUGUCUCCUUACCACAGCGAUAGACAAGUGUUGAGUCCUGUAGCGUUGGCCGGUCUUCUAGCUACCCUCAUUGGUUUUCUGGAUGUAAAGAACAUCAUUCUUGGCCGCUCGCAUUAUUUGCUAUACACGCUAGCAGUUGCGAUGCAACCGAGAAUGUUGGUGACAUUCGACGAGAAAUUAAAUCCUCUUCCUGUACCCGUGAGAGUUGGUCUCGCCGUGGACGUGGUAGGUCAAGCGGGAAAACCAAAAACUAUUACCGGUUUUCAAACGCAUACCACGCCUGUUCUACUGGCGUAUGGCGAGAGAGCGGAAUUAGCCACGGAAGAGUACACGCCUCUAACACCGAUCAUGGAAGGUUUCGUAAUGUUACGGAAAAACCCGGACUUCAUCCCUUAACUAAAACGAUAUAAUACUUGAGUGAAAGAAAACCUACAUCGGACACUAUACAUCGGUCUGUUUAGCAUUAAAUGUAAUGAAUGUUACUGCGUGUGUAUACAGAUGAUCUCCCGAUAAAUAGCAGAACCCCACGUAGAAACCGAAAUUCAUUUAUUUUCUUUUUGACCAAAAGCUAGAAACAGUAAUAUUAAUAAACACCCAGACUCGAUCAUCUUUCCUUUUUGUAUUUUAUUUAUGAUAAUAAUAAAAUUACAACUUUUUAACGGCA